UGGCCAUCUAGAUAACAUAUUAAACUUGUCAAGCUGCAUUUAUAGACAAAAUUAAAAUCAAUGCAAUUAUUUAAUUAGUCUAUAAGUCUCGACUGUUACAAAAUGGAUAACUUCAUGUGGAUUACCAAUUCUAAGAAACUUAAAGAAUUUCGCCUUCGCUUCAAUGUCUACGACCAAAACCAGACGGGCGUUGUCAAAGUGAUUGACCUUCAGACUAUCUUGCGAGAAAUGGGCAUGGAUGUUGCCAUGGAAACCUUACAACAGAUGAUGAAAAACAUUGAUCUUUAUGGCCGGGAGGACGUCCAUUUUGACGAGUUUCUCUUGAUGGCCGCGAAACUAGAAGCGUGUGAAGAUGACGAACAGGAACUGAAAGAGGCUUUCUCCGUAUUUGACAACGGGAAGGGUAUGGUCAGUGUGCCCGACCUCCGGGCAAUUAUGGCCAACAUGGGAGAGAAACUGUCAAAGGAGGAAGUUGAAGAAAUGAUUGAUGAAGCUACAGUGAAUAGAAACAACAUGAUCAAAAUAAACGAUUUUAUAUCGGUACUUCUACGUUGAUAAAGUUGCCAACAAGAACACAUGUGCCACCAUAUCACCUUAAAAUUAUUUUCUAAUAUAUACACAUCGCGGAGAUUUCUGCAUUAACCACGUUCGAAUAUAUAUUUAUAUAUAUAUUAUUUUUGAAUUAUUUUAUUUGAAUUAUAUGUAUAUGUGUA